AUGGAGGGAGAGAAGGAGAGAGAGAGGGAGCGGGGAGAGGAGAAAGAGAGCGACGAGACUGAGGAAGAUGAUGAAGAGGAGGAGGAGGAUGAAGAUGCAGAGGGAGCAGCGUUGGUGUGGCAGGAGGGCUCGUACGGAGAGGAUGACCUGGGUCUACCCAUAAUGCACUGGGAGGCGCUGAGCCUGCGCAUCGACGAGCUGGAGAAACAGGAAGAGGAAAAGAGAGAGAAGAAGACAAAGGUGUGUGUGUCAGGGGUUACAGUUGAAUGCUGUCUGUUAGUUAUGGAUGGGGACAGUGUUUUUGGACAGGUAGAGGAGAUGGGGACAGGUGUUUUUGGACAGGUAGAGGAGAUGGGGACAGGUGUUUUUGGACAGGUAGAGGAGAUGGGGACAGGUGUUUUUGGACAGGUAGAGGAGAUGGGGACAGGUGUUUUUGGACAGGUAGAGGAGAUGGGGACAGUGUGUUUUGGACAGGUAGAGAGAGAUGGUGGACAGGUGUUUUUGGACAGGUAGAGGAGAUGGGGACAGGUUGUUUUUGGACAGGUAGAGGAGAUGGGGACAGGUGAAGGUAGGAGAUGGGACAGGUGUUUUUGGACAGGUAGAGGAGAUGGGGACAGUGUUUUUGGACAGGUAGAGGAGAUGGGGACAUGUGUUUUUGGACAGGUAGAGGAGAUGGGGACAGGUGUUUUUGGACAGGUAGAGGAGAUGGGGACAAAGAGAGCAGAGUGGGAUGAGGAGGGAGAAGGAGAGGGUCAGGGUUUGGAUGGGGACAGGUGAUGCAGUUUAGGCCUGUGAAAUGUUUGUUGGAGGGAAGUGUGCUAUAUAAAUUAUAUCAGUGAAACAGCGUUACAAAAACAAAUGUUUCCAUUAAUGGAAUGUUAUCAAGUCAAGUGCUCUGUUAAGUGGCUAGUUUUGCGUUGAAAGCAGUGAUGUAGUAGUUUUAAAUUAAAAAAACAUGGGUAAACACUGAUCGGUGGUCGCUGGUCGCAGUGAAUAAAGUAACGCUCCCUUUACGUUUAAUGCAUAUUUCUGAAAUUGAAAAUAGUUGGCUAAACACAAAAGGUGCUUAAACGGCGUUUACGUGAGUUGACCCUACACUACAUCUCUGGUUGAAAGACACCAUAUACAAUAGUUAGUAACUAAAGUUAGCGUUUACAUACAAGGGAUACCCUCCAUAUCUCGCUCUGUCUAACUUUGUGCUUCCUAUAUCUGAUUCAUCUCCAGUCUUCCAGUGUCCUGGAACGAGGGAAGAAGUUGUUAGAGAGCCGGCCGCUAGAGAGGGAUGGAGGGGAGAGUAAAGAGAACUGGGAGGAUGGAGGAGAGGCGGAGGACUGCAAUAGCCGCGUGACAGCCCUGACCUCUCGGUACGAAGCAUGGCGUUGUCUACCAAACAUAAUGUUAUGAUAGUGUUGUUAAACUAUAGUAAAAGUACAGUAACCAGCCAGAUAGUAAUGCAAUGACCCUGGCAUUGAUAAACAUGAUGACCACUCCCCUUAGGGAGCUAGCUUUCUGAGAGCAUCUGGUAUUGUCUUUGAAUAGUUUUUUUUUUAAUGGUUGAAUUAAUAAACGAAAACUAAGUCUAGACCGAUUCUUGACCACAAGGUUGUGAGUUUGCUUCUCGCCUCAGACCUUUACGCUUCUCCCUUCGUUUCAUCACACUGGGGUCACAAGUGGGAUUUGUUCAUGAUUCUAACAAAAACAAAAAAUUGUUUGUUCUCCUCAGUCUUUCAAAUCAGAUGAACCUCCAGCUGUGCUUCAUCAAUGACAGUGGGAGCGAAGAAGAGGAGGAGGAUUCUGGGGAAACGAUUUGCGCAAAGGUAAGGUCAGCCAUAGGUAGAGUGCUACAGCUCAUAUAAAUCAGAAAGGAAAGAAAGAGGGACUGGAAAGUAUAACUGUUUUAUUUAAAGCCCUGUCACCAUCUUGUUUUGGCCACUCCAGAAUUCCAAAAUGGUGGUAAAGAAUGGUUCCAAUGGUUCCAGCGUGCAGGUGCCCCAUCAGCCCCAGUCCCCGGCUGCCACCAAAAGCAAAUCAUCAGGCUUCAAGGCUGCACUGAGUGCCCUCAAAAACAGGCUGAGGAUGGAGCAGAAACAGGAGGUGAGAGAGAGAAUAGGUUUAAGCAAUAUGGCGCUUGCUUCCCCUUGCCUUCUGAUACAACCCUUGAGAUCUACAGGAGUGGUUAGGAAGGAGGGACUAGGGGCUGAACGUACUGUCCUCGAGGCCCACAGUCUUUGGUUCUUAGGUUUUAUCCUCAGUUAUCUUAUAUUCUGCCCUUCAGCUUGUCCCCUGUGUCUCAGAGUCUAGCCAGUUAUUCUGCCCUUCAGCUUGUCCCCUGUGUCUCCCAGUCUAGCCAGUUAUUCUGCCCUUCAGCUUGUCCCCUGUGUCUCCCAGUCUAGUCAGUUAUUCUGCCCUUCAGCUUGUCCCCUGUGUCUCCCAGUCUAGUCAGUUAUUCUGCCCUUCAGCUUGUCCCCUGUGUCUCAGAGUCUAGCCAGUUAUUCUGCCCUUCAGCUUGUCCCCUGUGUCUCCCAGUCUAGUCAGUUAUUCUGCCCUUCAGCUUGUCCCCUGUGUCUCCCAGUCUAGCCAGUUAUUCUGCCCUUCAGCUUGUCCCCUGUGUCUCCCAGUCUAGCCAGUUAUUCUGCCCUUCAGCUUGUCCCCUGUGUCUCCCAGUCUAGCCAGUUAUUCUGCCCUUCAGCUUGUCCCUGUGUCUCCCAGUCUAGUCAGUUAUUCUGCCCUUCAGCUUGUCCCCUGUGUCUCCCAGUCUAGCCAGUUAUUCUGCCCUUCAGCUUGUCCCCUGUGUCUCCCAGUCUAGCCAGUUAUUCUGCCCUUCAGCUUGUCCCCUGUGUCUCCCAGUCUAGCCAGUUAUUCUGCCUUCAGCUUGUCCCCUGUGUCUCCAGUCUAGCCAGUUAUUCUGCCCUUCAGCUUGUCCCCUGUGUCUCAGAGUCUAGCCAGUUAUUCUGCCCUUCAGCUUGUCCCCUGUGUCUCCCAGUCUAGCCAGUUAUUCUGCCCUUCAGCUUGUCCCCUGUGUCUCCCAGAGUCUAGCCAGUUAUUCUGCCCUUCAGCUUGUCCCCUGUGUCUCAGAGUCUAGCGUGUGGUGAUCAACUGUUGAAGAAUGGAAAGCUAGACUGUAGAGACCUGCAGGCCUUCAGUCUCAAAGAACUCAACACUCACAGAAACUCCCUCAAUAAGGCAAUACAAGGUGAGGGUCACUCAGCUAAUACACUGGAUAUACUUCCAUUUUAGAUACAGGUUACAUUAUAUUUAAUAGAUAUAGUAUAUUUCACCUUUUUCAUUUAGAAGUUAUACCAACCUCAUUAUUUUACAUUGAUUUCACCUUUGUCAAAUGAUCUGUAAAACUCUGCCUUUGACCUUACAUUUUGUGUGUGCCUGUGUGUGUGUGUGUGUGUGCCUGUGUGUGUGUGCCUGAGUGUGUGCCUGUGUGUGUGUGCGUGUGUGUGUGUGCCUGUGUGUGUAUAUAUCCCAUCAGACCUGAGCACAGAGCUGGUGGUUGACCUCCAGACUCGGGACCAGCUGAGGACGGAACAGGACGCCAUGCUGCUGGAGGUACAGGGUAUGACAUCACUCUGACCCAGUCCCAGGCAAGGUGGGGGGACAGUUUGUGUCACGGAUUUGGAACUAGAAAUUCCUCUCUAGGGUUCUAUCUCUAUGAGAAGUCCCGUAACCAUAGAAUCCUUCUAAUCAUUCUAAAUCUAUGGUGAGUCGUCAUCACAUCAAAUUGAAUCCCGGUGUCGGUGAUGUCACAAUUAAUCGAUGUCGGAUUAGACACUCUUCUUCAAAUGAAAGGAUGAGUCAAAUCACUCUGAAGAGACUGCAUCACUCCUAAAUACUUUUUGAUUGAAUUGCACAGCGUUUUGUUUUUAUUUUAUACCCAGUGAGCAAAACUGGUUGAAAUGACAUGAUUACACCCAGUUUUACAUUCAUUAUGACAUCACAUCAACCAGUUUUGUUUGCCCUCUGUGUUUUUUUGCGGGAAAUCAAAUGUGUAUGUCUGGACAGUUAUCUGGACUGUUAGUGUUGUAGUGUUUUAGGGGGAAAUAACUGUAAUAUUAUAAGGGAUUAAUAAACUGCUACUGCUGCCCAUGGAUCGAUCUAGCUCUAAUAUCAUCGUCAUCCAUAUAUUGAAAUGUAAUGAUUGUUUGGUAGCACAUUAUUCGAACAAUGCAUCAUAUACAUUGAAUAAAGGUGAUUCUGAUUGCAUCAUAAUAAUAUCAUAGGAUUUUCUUGUCACUGAGUGUUAUGACGUAGAGUUCAAAUAAAGUGUUACAGAUUGUUUUUA